AGCUAAUUAGCAAAAUAGGUGUGGUCUGUUAACACGUGCUCGCACAUGUUAUUAUGGCUGAAGUGGCGGUUGAUCCUUACUUUACAAGGUUUUUCCGGUCAAUGCCAGAAAAACCAGAGACUACAAUCCGUGUUUUUGAUCGUGGAGAUUAUUAUACAGCUCAUGGUAAUGAUGGACUCUUUGUGGCUAAGGAGGUGUUUGGCUCAACAUCUGUUGCUAAAUAUUAUGGAUCAGAGGGUAACAAAGUUCCUUCAGUCUCGCUGAGUAAAUUAAAGUUUGAGUCGUUUGCUCGUGACCUCUUGUUAGUGAAAAAGUAUCGGAUUGAGGUUUAUCGUAAUAAAGUGAAAUCUGGUAAUGAUUGGUUCCCAGCUUACAAGGCAUCUCCAGGCAAUCUUCAACAGUUGGAAGACAUCAUUUUCAAUUCCAAUCUCCAAGGCGACUCUUGUACUGCCAUGGCUAUACGACUUUCCUCAAAAGACGGCCAGCGAGUAGUGGGUGUGGCUUUCUCUGACUUUAGUUCCCAGGAGCUGAAGGUCUGUCAGUUUGUUGAAAAUGACAACUUUGCAAAUUUUGAGUCAUUGCUUGUUCAAAUUGGCCCAAAAGAGUGCCUGUUGGUUGCCAAGGAUACAAAUACUGAGGCCGGUAUUAUGAAGAAGACACUCCAAAAAGCAAACAUAUUAAUAACUGAAAGAAAGAGAUCUGAUUUCAAUAGCAAGGACAUUGUGCAAGAUUUGAAUCGUUUGCUAAAAACUGAAAAUUGUUCUUCCCUGCCUGAACUGGAGUUGUCUUUGUCCAUGGAAGCACUCUCGGCCAUUAUUAAAUAUUUGGAAUUGUUGUCUGACGAGAGAAACUUUAACUCGUUUAGUCUCUCACAGUUUGACAUGAACCGAUACAUGAGACUGGACACAGCUGCUUCACUGGCACUGAAUGUUGAGGCAGGCCAGGGAGAGAACCAGGCUUAUAGCUUGCUAGGUGUACUCAACCACACUCGCUCACCUCAGGGACAAAGACUUCUCAGACAGUGGAUCAAACAACCUCUUACUGACCUCAAACAUAUCGUUGAAAGACAGAAUCUUGUUGAAUUAUUUGUAGAUACUGUCACUCUUAGACAGUCAGUUCAAGGCAGAAGUUUAAAGAUUAUUCCUGAUCUUUUCCGUCUCUCUAAGAAGCUCCAACAAGGAAAAGGAACUUUACAGGAUUGUGUCAUCAUUUAUCAAGCAGUACAAAUCCUACCCACUCUAACUGAUGUACUCAAUAGCUAUAAUGGUAAUCAUGAGUCGCUACUAAAAGAAGUUUUCAUUACACCAUUAGAGGAAUUGGCUGAUGAUUUUAUCAAGUAUCGUGAGAUGAUUGAGACAACGAUUGAUCUUGACAUGAUACAGCAUCACGAGUAUCUUAUUAAACCUUCUUUCGAUGAAGAACUGCAAAAGCUACGUGAUAACAUGAGCAGCAUUGAAGAGAAGAUGAACGUCAUUUAUAAAAAGACUGCAUCUGAUCUGUCUCUUGAUGUUGGUAAGACUUUGAAACUUGAGAGUAAUUCACAUUUAGGAUAUUACAUGAGAUUAUCAAAAAAGACAGAGAAGUUGAUACGUGGCCAGAAGAGGUUCAUAGUUUUGGAUGCUCGUAAUGAAGGAGUCCGGUUCACCGUGUCUCCUCUUAAGGUCCUCAGUGAAGAGUACCAGGGGCUUCAGAGAGUCUAUAACCAGCAACAGGACAAAUUUGCUAGAGAAGUAGUCCAGAUUGCAAGUGGAUACACAGGUCCUAUUCUUACUUUCAAUGAUCUAACAGCACACAUUGAUGCACUGACAAGUUUGGCAGAGGCAGCCACUUCUAGUCCGCUGGGUUACAUAAGACCCUCCAUUACUGAUAAAGGAACCGGUAAUAUUGUACUCACUGGGGCGAGACAUCCUUGCCUUGAGAAACAAGAUGACAUAUCCUUCAUUGCUAAUGACGUGUCCUUAUUGAGAGGUGAAGAUGAGUUUCAAAUAAUCACUGGACCCAAUAUGGGAGGAAAGUCAACAUACAUUAGAAUGAUUGGUGUUAUUGUACUGAUGGCUCAAGUUGGCAGUUUUGUUCCUUGUACGUCGGCUAAUAUCAGUAUAGUCGAUUCAAUACUGGCUCGUGUUGGGGCCGGGGAUUCACAGCUAAAGGGCGUGUCUACUUUCAUGUCUGAAAUGCUAGAGACUGCAACUAUACUCAAAACUGCUACUAGGAAUUCUUUGAUAAUUAUUGAUGAGCUUGGUAGAGGAACUUCGACUUAUGAUGGAUUUGGUUUGGCUUGGGCAAUUUCACAGCACAUAGCUACACAGAUACACUGCUUCUGUCUCUUUGCAACUCAUUUUCAUGAGCUCACUUCACUCUCAGACACUGUACCAACUGUCAGCAAUCGUCAUGUAACUGCAAUCACUUCUUCAGACAAUACACUCACUUUACUUUAUAAAGUCAACAAAGGUGUUUCUGAUCAAAGUUUUGGUAUUCAAGUGGCUGAAAUGGCUCACUUUCCCAGUGAAGUUAUAAGCUAUGCACGUCAAAAAGCUGCAGAAUUGGAGCUUUUCUAUAACAAGGGUGAAGGAUCUAUUGAUGAACCAACUGCAAAGAAGAGGAGAACAGAAAUUAAAGAAGGAGAAGAAUUGAUUGAUAGCUAUUUGAGGAGGAUUGAUGCUCUAUCAUUAGAGACAAUGACAGAUAGCGAAAUAACAGAAGAGCUCAGAUCAAUGAGGGAAGAAAUACUAGCUCAGUCAAAUAAUUCUUAUUUAGUCGGAAUAAUAAGCUGAGCUGUUCAAACUCUAAACCUAUAAGAACCCCUGGUAUAGUCCCUAUAUUAUGAAUCACAUUAACAUGCAUUUGUGUUAAUCAUGAUAAUUGUUAUUCUAUAUAAUGAUGUCAGUUUCAACAACA